AUGGUGCUGAUUUCUCUCUCAUUUUUAUCCUCCUGCUCCUCUUGCUCCUCUUGCUCCUCCUGCUCCUCCUGCUCCUCUUGCUCGUCUCCAGCAGCGAUCCCGCCCCCAUCCCAUGCACUUGUGGAUGUGACCCAUGUGCUGCAAGCUUCCCCUGAUGCCCCGGCAAGUUUUGACGCUGAAACAUUUCAGGCUCAGCUGCUGGACAUUGACAGGCAGAUGAUGUCUUGCCUGGUUUCUGAUGGAUACAACACCAUCAGCUGCCACAUCAGCAGCAAAGCUCUCGAGCAGUUCAACGAGGCCUUCCCAGGGCAGCGCCUGUCGGGGGCUCUGGUUUCUAUUCUACAAGCUGGCUUCGACCUGAACCAAGAGUGCAGCGAGUUUGUGCUCUCAGUGGACAACUUCGAGUGGAUCGGAGGGGAGAGCUUCGCGUUCGGGCAGCCUGUGGACCUCAACGCAGACCCGGAUGUCCAAUCCCUCCUCGGGAUCUUCCGUCGGGAUGGCGAUCAAGCGAGGAUCCCCGACAUUCAGCAGGAGAAGCUUGACUCCAUCCACUCCAACGGCUGGCACGUGAAGGAGCGAGCGGUGGACCUGGACACCGAGGACGAGUGCGUCUCCGAGGCGAGCGAGCACGGGGAGAGCCAGCCUUUCUUCUUCCACGUGCAGGCAGACGGUCUCCUGCACGAGGAGGGCAGAGAGGGCUUGACGGGCAACUUAACGAGCAAGGCGUACGAGAUUGAACUGUGCGAUGUGAACGAGGACAGCAUGCAGUCGUCCACGGACCAGCCGGAUGCCGCGCAUGAGGUCCCUGCGAACCAAGGUUGGGCCGUUCAGAGCGCCAAGGAGUUGCCCUCGACUCAGGAGUUUGACGAUGAUGAUCAUAACCAGCCACAGGAGGAGGAGGAGGAUGAAAAGAGGAAGGAGGAGAAGGAGGAGGAGAAGGAGGAGGAAGGCAACCGCAGCCCCGUCAACGAGAAAUCAGAGUCAACCACCGACAAACCCACGAGGCACCACGAGACGCCUCCGACCCUCGUCAAGGGAGGAAACGCGACGGCCGGGAGCGGGGAGGGAUGGAAGGCGGAGCAGGACAAGUCACGCCGGCAGGCGGUCAAGAGGAUGCUGUCAGAGGGCGAGCAGGAGACAGAAGCAGCUGAAACAGGGAAGGAGAAGGAGGAAGGACGGAGCCAGGAAGGUGGAAGGGGGAAAGGAGGGGAAAGGAGGGAGGAAGAGGAGGGAAGAGAGGAAGAUGGUCAGUUGGACCUGCGGGCAGUGUUAAGAGAGAUGGACUUUGAAAACUCGGUCUUCAGCAAGGAGGAGAGGAGGGCAAGGAGCCACAAGAGGCUGAUACAGGCAGAGAAGAAAUAUUUCGCGAGGAGGAUCAGGGCUCGACGGGUUUUUGAGGACAGGGAGGCGACGGGGCAGUCCGUGUGA